CACAUUCACACACACAUGCCGUUUCACCAACAACUCCACAGCACACUUCUCCAGCUCUGAAUACUGGAAUUACAUGGCCACAGUGUGGGACAGAACCAGCAGGAUCUAAAAUGCCAAUGCCAACAAGAUAGAAAGGGCUUUUGUGUGAAGAAAGGGCGAUAAGAAUUCCAAAAAGGAGCAGAGAAAGAUUUUCAUCAGCACAUUUUUUCAGAAACCUACAACACACACAUACAAACAAGCAGCAUGCUGCAGCAAAUCCUGGCCGACAUGUACAUUGACCCUGAUGUACUAGAAGCCUUGAAUGAAGAGCAGAAGAAGAUCCUGUUCUUCAAAAUGAGAGAGGAGCAAGUCCGGCGCUGGAAGGAGCGGGAGGAGCAGGAGAGCAAGGGGGAGAUCAAAAAGGAAAAGCUCCGGAAAAAGAAAGGCCCGUGUAAAAAUGUGAGCUGGCUGCUGGGCAGAGACGGCGACGUGCACGUGUGUAUUAUUGGAGAAUCAGAUGUGCUCGAAUCUCCAAAACUCAUCCUGUCUGAGCUGAGAAAUAACACAACAGCCAACGGCAACAACAUAAACAGAGCCAACGCAGAAUCUGUGAAGAGCAGCUCGAUCAAACUCAACAGAGUACAGCAAACCAGCACAGAACCAGGGAUUCAGCUACUGCUCAAGAAAGCAGAGGAGAUCAGUGACUCUACGACAGUGUCAGAUGAGUCCAAGCAGGACUGCGGUUCUGAUCAGUCAGCUGACGACACCAGGGGCCAAACAGAUGACUCUGAUUCAGGCAGUGCGGAGGAGGACACGGGCCUUUACAGACCACAUCUGAGCAACAGAGAGGCGAUAGUAGCGGACAGAUUGAAAGAGCUUCAGCUGCACAGAGCAAUGAAUGAGCAGCUGUCAAUCAAAAGAAAGACACACCCACUGGACACACCCACAGCAGACAAAGGAGUGCUAAAAGAAACGGAAAAUGCUCUGACGUACGGCAGUCGUGUGGCACAGCUCAGGAAAAACUUUAACGCCACAAACGCCCCUUGUGCCAAACCACCCAUUCCAUGUAAACCUCCUCACCUACUGACAUCCUCUUCAGUCAGAUAAACACAAACUUAAAACACGAACUUAAAACAAAAGACUUGUGCAUACCCGAGCGUAUGAGCAGAUUCAGGAGUGAACAAAGCUGGAGAUGGACGGAUGGAAAUCAGAAGGUCUUCAUGACCCAGCUAGCACCAACACUCGUAAUUUUUUUUACACUGUUUACAGAGGAACAUGCUCUCCAAAGCACUGAGAUUUGUUCUGCUGCCUUUUCAUGAUUUUUUUUUAUAUAUAUAUAUAAACUUUGUUUCCUUGAGGGGAGAAAAACCAAAGUUAUUGUUUAAAGGUUUUUUUUUUUAACAAACAAUGGCUCAACUUUUUUGACUGGCUGUAAAUAACGGUGUCUUACUGUAUGAAAUUAAAUGGUUGGUUUAACUUA